UCGGUUAGUAACCGCCUUUUUGGGGACAACCCUUCUACUUGUAUAGCUCGGCGGACAUUUCUACGUUGUUGUUCCCUUAAAAGUUAAAACCCUAAUGAAGCAAAAAAAAAAAAAGGGAAAUCAUCAGCAACAGGGAGCACCAAAAACAGCUUCAAACUUGCAUUUUCUGCUCCAAGAAUUCAAAGCAAUCUUUCUGGUACCUGCUGUUCCAACAGUUGCAUUUGUUUCUCCUGAACUGAUGGCUGCUAAGCUUCUAGCGAACUUGCUUGUGAUGGGUUCUGGAAUCUUGGCAAGGGCAUUUGUUCAAGGGUACCGACAGGCACUUGCAAAUGCGUCUAAAUCUGGUGUUGCCCAAGAAACAGUGCAGAAUAUUAGGAGAGCAGGCGAAAUCAUGGCUGAACCAGAGGCAAGGCAGAUUUUAGGUGUCACUGAACAGUCAACAUGGGAGGAGAUCUUGAAGAAAUAUGAUAACUUAUUUGAGCAGAAUGCCAAGAAUGGAAGCUUUUACCUCCAGUCAAAAGUUCAUAGAGCCAAAGAAUGCUUAGAAGCAGCGUACCAGAAGAAAAGCCACAACGCAACUAAUGCGUGAGUUUUUGCAUCAGUCUGCACCUCAGGCGUCCAUUGGUUCGAAGUGGCAUCUACACAUCUUUUUGAUAUCCUAGGAAUUUAUCAUUCAUCAAAUUUCUCCUUUACCUUGGGGAUAUAAUGUAAAGUUAAUAGGUGUUAGUCGAAUAUCUUACUAUAGCAUGACUACCAAAUGCUACGUAGGCUAAAUUCUUAAACAAUUUUGUUCCCUUGGUUGUAAUCUCUAUUAAUGGAAUAAAUUUUUAGUGCUGCGGUAUAGCCCUGAGAGAACCAGUUUCUUUUAA